CUCUCUAUAGGACCACCACACCCACAUCACAAUAAUGACUCUCUCUCUCUAAAACUCUCUCCCUUUUAACCUCUGAUCUCCUUCUUUGUGAUUCUAAUGCAUUACAUAUACAGGCAGUAAUUGAGUCCUUCUCUCUACAAAACCCAGUUGGGAAUGGAAAUGGAAUUCAGUCCAUACAAUCUUUACUUGGCUAAUUCAACCAUGAAGAAGAAGAAUCACCAUGAACAACAAAGGAAAAGGGAGGAAAAAGAAGCAGCAGCUACACACCACCAUGAAGAAGAAGUAGAAGAUGAAGAAGAUGAUAAAAGAAGCCUCACUCUGUCUCGGUUGUCGAAGCUUAUUCUUCCUCCACUUGGUGCUUCUUCUUCAAGCUUUAACCAAAGCCAGAUUGAAUCCACAAGGGGUUGGAUUAUCUCUCCUAUGAGCUCCAAUUAUAGGUGUUGGGAGACAUAUAUGGUGAUUUUGGUUGCAUACUCGGCUUGGGUUUACCCUUUUGAGGUUGCAUUCCUUCAUUCACCAGAGAAUACACAACUAUUCGUAGCAGACAACAUUGUUGAUGUUUUUUUUGCCGUUGAUAUCAUCUUGACCUUUUUUCUGGCUUACAUCGACACAACAACACAACUACUCGUUCGUGACUCCAGAAAGAUUGCUUUAAGGUACCUCUCCACAUGGUUUUUGAUGGAUGUGGCAUCAACAAUCCCAUUUGAGGCACUAGCUUACUUGUUCACCGGAAAACGUCGUGUCAGCCUCUCUUACUCCCUCUUGGGUGUGCUUAGGUUAUGGCGACUCCGGCGAGUCAAGCAACUCUUCACUAGGCUUGAGAAAGACAUCAGAUUUAGCUAUUUUUGGAUUCGAUGCGCUAGGCUAAUCAGUGUGACAUUGUUUCUGGUGCACUGUGCUGGAUGUCUCUAUUACUUGCUAGCUGAUCGAUAUCCACACCAAGGAAAGACAUGGAUAGGAGCUGUGAUUCCUAAUUUCAGGGAGACGAGCCUCUGGAUUCGAUACAUUUCGGCUAUGUAUUGGUCAAUAACCACCAUGACCACCGUUGGUUAUGGCGACCUUCAUGCUGUUAACACCAUGGAAAUGAUCUUCAUCAUCUUCUACAUGCUCUUCAAUCUAGGCCUAACAGCUUACUUGAUAGGGAACAUGACCAAUCUAGUCGUCGAAGGCACUCGUCGAACCAUGGAAUUUAGGAAUAGUAUUGAAGCAGCUUCAAAUUUUGUGAGUAGAAACAUGUUGCCUCCAAGGCUAAAAGACCAUAUAUUGGCUUAUAUGUGUUUGAGAUUUAAAGCUGAGAGCUUGAACCAGCAACAUUUGAUGGAACAACUGCCAAAAUCGAUCUGCAAAAGCAUUUGUCAGCACUUGUUCUUGCCAACAGUGGAGAAAGUCUAUCUCUUCAAGGGUGUCCCAAGAGAAAUACUUCUGCUUCUGGUCGCGAAUAUGAAAGCUGAGUACAUUCCGCCGAAAGAGGAUGUGAUUAUGCAGAACGAAGCACCGGACGAGGUCUACAUCAUCGUGUCGGGAGAAAUUGAAAUCAUUGAUUGUGAGAUGGAAAAAGAGCAUGUCCUUGGGACAUUGCAAUCAGGAGACAUUUUUGGAGAAGUGGGUGCACUUUGUAGCAGACCUCAAAGCGUCACAUUUAGAACCAAGACACUCUCACAACUGCUCAGACUCAAAACCAAUCACUUGAUAGAAGCAAUGCAGAUUAGACAAGAGAACAAUGUAGCCAUUCUCAAGAAUUUCCUUCAGCAUCACAAAAGGUUUAAGGAUUUGAGCAUCGGAGAUCUUUUGGUCGACGGUGGUGAGGCAGAGGAGGAUCCUAAUAUGGGUUUCAACUUGCUCACUGUUGCCAGUACUGGCAAUGCUGCUUUUCUUGAUGAGCUUCUUAAGGCAAAGCUGGAUCCAGAUGUUGGGGAUUCUAAAGGGAGGACACCAUUGCACAUAGCAGCAUCGAAAGGGCACGAAGAGUGUGUACAGGUUCUCCUUAAGCAUUCCUGCAACAUACAUUUACGAGAUAUAAAUGGAAACACUGCCUUAUGGGAUGCUAUAGCUUCAAAGCACCACUCCAUAUUCAAUAUCCUCUAUCACUGUGCUGCAAUAACCGAUCCACACAUAGCAGGCGAUCUUUUAUGUACUGCUGCAAAACGAAACGAUCCCACAGUUAUGAAGGAACUCCUAAAACAAGGCCUAAAUGUUGACUCCAAGAAUCAUCAGGGCUCAACAGCAGUCCAGAUUGCCUUAGCAGAAAACAAUGUGGACAUGGUUUACUUGCUAGUGAUGAAUGGUGCAGAUGUCGUUAACACAAACACGUACGACUUUUCUUCGACAACUUUGAAUGAAAUGCUUCAAAAGAGAGAGAUUGGGCAUAGGAUCUCAGUCACUGAUCCCAUGCCCAAUGAAGUAUUACUGAGGAAGCUAGAAGAAGAAAAUGAGAGGAACUUCGACAGCUUCGAUGCACGGAAUUAUCCAAGAGUAAGUAUAUACAGAGGCCAUCCUGUAUUUAGAAGGGAAACUGGAUGUGUUGCAUCAGGAAGACUAAUUAGAUUGCCAAAGUCACUGCAAGAGCUCAAGAAUAUUGCAGGUGAAAAGUUUGGCUUUGAUGCAAGCAAUGCCAUGGUGACAAAUGAAGAAGGUGCGGAAAUUGACUCGAUCGAAGUGAUUAGAGACAACGAUAAGCUUUUCAUAGUUGAUGACUAGAAUUUCUUAACUUCAAUAGAUCAACUUAUGAUUUAGUCACAGUACUAAACUUUAUUGUUCAGAAAGAAAGCUUUCUGUUACAGAAGAACAAUAUUAAUGGCUAUACUUGGACAAUUUUCACUCUUAGUAUGUAAAUGAUUCUCUUUCCCA